AUGAACGCCGUCGACGCGUCGGACCACUACGAGGUCUCCUCGCACGAGGCCACGCCUUCCCUCCUCUCCAUCGUCAUCGACACGAACCCACGUGCCUGGGCCGCCCUCAACGAUGUCCUCCCCCUCUCCAAGGCCAUCGCCAAUAUCCUUGUCUUCGUCAACGCCCACCUCGCCUUCAGCAACGCGAAUCAGGUCGCAAUCUUUGCCUCCCACAGCAACCGCGCUGUAUGGCUCUAUCCUUCUAAGCCCGAGGACGCCGGCGCCAAUGGCGCCCCCUACGCUGAGGACGUGACCAUGACCGACGCCGACUUCUUCGCCCCCACACCGAACCAGUCGUCCGCCAACAAGUUCCCUCAGUUCGCCCAGAUCGAGGCCGCCGUCAUGAGCUCCAUGCGGAAGCUCGUCGACGCCACUACUGAGGCCGACCUGGCAUGCACAACAACCCAGCUGUCGGGCGCCCUCACCCUCGCCCUCGCCCACAUCAACAAGACCUCCCUCUCCCUCAACGAGACGAACAAGGCCCCCGACGUCGCCCGUUCCACCUCCUCCGCCCUCAGCCGCCUCCGCGCCCGAAUCUUCGUCCUCUCCGUCUCCGACUCGGAGCCCGUCCAGUACAUCUCCACCAUGAACGCCGUCUUCGCCGCCGCCCACUCCCAGAUCCCCAUCGACACCCUGGCCCUCUCGGGCGACGCAACCUUCCUCCAGCAGGCGAGCUACAUCACCGACGGCACCUUCAUGCAAGCCGCCAGCCCCCGCGGCCUCCUGAGCUACCUCAUGUUUGCCUAUUCCGCCGACGCCGAGGCCCGCUCCUCCCUCAUCCCCCCGACCCACCACACCGUCGAUUUCCGCGCCGCCUGCUUCUGCCAUGGCCGCGUCGUCGACACGGGCUUCGUCUGCAGCAUCUGCCUCAGUAUAUUCUGCGACGUUCCCGACGGUUCAGAGUGCCUUACCUGCGGCACCAAGCUCUCCCUCGGCAGCUACGGCGCCAAGCCCGCCGUCAUCCCCCGGAAGAAGAAGAAGAAGAAGAAGACGAUAUUGGCCAACGGCCACAGCAGGGAGGAGACGGGCAGCGCUGCGGGGACGCCGCGUCCGGGAUAA